AUGUCGACACUGAUCAAGCCUCCGCCGGCUGAUCCUAGCAAAUCUGCAAUCGAGAGCGUGCUCGAGCUCAAGCAAUUAACCGACAUCGAUCCUGGUAUUUUCACCAAUACACGACCACUAUGGCAUCCUCCUGGCGCUCGAGGAAUAUACGGAGCGCAACGAACGGUCCGCGAUGACUUCACCGUCCACAGCAUGCACUGCUACUUUGUGCUAGCCGGGAACGCAGAGAUUCCGAUCAUGUAUCACGUCGAGAAGGUCCGAGAUGGCCGAAGCUUUGCUACACGCACCGUACAAGCACGACAGCGAGGACGCCCCAUCUUUACAACAACCAUGUCGUUUGUUCGAGAAAACAGCGGAGGUGCCGAGCGGGUCGAACAUGCAGUCGACAUGCCGACGGUCCCUGGGCCUUCGGAAGACUUGGAUAUUCCACAACAGGACAACAGUCCUUUCCAAAGCCAACGCAUCCAUAUCCUCAACCACGAAUCAGGUCGGCCGCAAGACAAAAAGACGAGACAGUGGAUCAAGGCUAGGGGCAAGAUCAGUCCCAGUGGAGGACACCAGGCACAUCUGUCGGCACUCGCGUACAUGAGCGACAGCUAUUUUAUAGGCACAGUGUCACGGGUGCACCGGCUGUGGAGAUUCUCGACAUCGGACAAGGACGGCAAGUCGACCAUCGACAACUCUGUGCUUGAGAAGCUUCGUGACAUGGACGAUGACACGCUGCGGAGAAUGCAGGGAAUGGACGAAGAUGUCAUUGUCGCGUUGAGAAACAUGAAGGACAUCAACAGCGUGGAACAGAGACGACCAGAAGUGGGCAUGAUGGUAAGUUGGAACUCAUGUGCUUCUUCAGAGGGCAAGAGACUGAUGGACCGAGCAGNNGUCAGUCUGGACCAUACCAUCUACUUCCACUCGCCGCGCAACUUCCGUGCAGACGAGUGGAUGUUUACCGAGAUGGAGAGUCCAUGGGCGGGCGACGGCAGAGGAUUGGUAUUGCAGAGAAUGUUCACAAAGGACGGCGAGCUGGUUGCAACAUGUGUGCAAGAGGUAAUGACCAACAAACAUGACAAUCAGGAUAUGCAAAAGGCUGACAAGUGCUUCCAGGGCGUGGUCCGACUAAAGGAAAGGGAGGUA